CGGAUCCCUGCGAAGUCUGAAGCUGCCCCGGCCGCUCUGCGAAGUAGGCAACCAGUAGCCAAACGGAAGAGGGUUGCCCGGCCCGAGGCCAGUGUCUGUCGCACUUUCUCUGCAGUAUGCAGACGCCGGAGGCGCAACCGUUAGCUCCAGACUGCCUUCCUUCAGUCCAGGCCCCAGCUCCAGCCACUCUCUCGCCCCAGGCUUCCCCGAUGGAUGAAAAUACGGACCCUGAACUAAUACUGCUGCCACCCGAAGGGGAUGAUCCGUCCAGGAUAUCCCCAGUUCCCGUGGCUGUCUCAGCUGUGUCCCAGGAACUGGGUGAGGAGGGCCCAGCUUCUCUCUCCACUCUCUCGGAAACGGGAUUUGGUACCCCUGGGGAGUUGAGUCCUCGAAUCGAGGAGCAAGAACCUGAAAAUGCGAGCCUUUCUGCAGAAGAAACGAACAGACCGGAGUUGGGGUCUGGAGAAGCCAUGGAAGGUGUGUCCAAAGAGCCAGCUUUAGAGGAUGAGGGAAACACCACUUGGAAUUACAGCUUCUCCCAGCUGCCUCGAUUUCUCAGUGGUUCGUGGUCAGAAUUCAGCACCCAACCCGAGAACUUUCUUAAAGGAUGUAAAUGGGCCCCUGACGGUUCCUGCAUCUUGACCAAUAGUGCUGACAACAUCUUACGGAUUUACAACCUGCCCCCAGAGCUGUACAGUGAGGAGGAGCAGCUGGAAUAUGCAGAAAUGGCCCCUGUUCUUCGAAUGGUGGAAGGUGACACCAUCUAUGACUACUGCUGGUAUUCUCUGAUGUCUUCAACCCGGCCAGAUACCUCCUACGUGGCCAGCAGCAGCCGGGAGAACCCAAUUCACAUCUGGGAUGCAUUCACUGGGGAGCUCCGGGCUUCCUUUCGUGCCUACAACCACCUGGAUGAACUGACGGCAGCCCAUUCACUCUGCUUCUCCCUGGAUGGCUCCCAGCUCUUCUGUGGCUUCAACCGGACCGUGCGUGUCUUCCAUACGGCCCGGCCAGGUCGUGACUGCGAGGUCCGGUCCACGUUCGCAAAGAAGCAGGGCCAGAGUGGCAUCAUCUCUUGUAUAGCCUUCAGCCCCACCCAGCCCCUCUAUGCCUGUGGCUCCUAUGGUCGCUCCCUGGGUCUCUAUGCCUGUGACAGUGGCUCUCCUCUUGCCUUGCUUGGGGGGCACCAUGGGGGUAUCACCCACCUCUGCUUUCAUCCUGAUGGCAACCGCCUCUUCUCAGGAGCCCGCAAGGAUGCUGAGCUCCUGUGCUGGGAUCUCCGGUGGCCUGGUCAUCCACUGUGGUCCCUGAGUCGGGAAGUGGCCACCAAUCAGCGCAUCUACUUUGAUCUGGACCCGACUGGGCAGUUCCUCGUGAGUGGCAGCACUGGUGGAGCCGUCUCUGUGUGGGACCUUAGUGGGGCUUUGGAGGACAGCGGGAAGCCAGAGCCAGUUCUGAGUUUUCUGCCCCAAAAGGACUGCACCAAUGGAGUGAGCCUGCACCCCAGCCUGCCCCUGUUGGCCACUGCCUCUGGUCAGCGUGUGUUUCCGGAGCCCAUGGAGAGUGGGGACGAAGGGGAGCAGGAGCCGGACCUUCCCCUGCUCUCCACGCGCCACGCCCACCUUGAUUGUAGGCUUCAGCUCUGGUGGUGUUGGGGGGGCCCAGACGCCAGCAGCCCUGAGGAUCACCAGGGCGAGAAAGGACAGGGAGGACCAGAGUGCGGUGGGGAUGAGUUUAUAUAAAAAUGUUUUAUAUGGUA